AUGGCUGACGCGACCACCACCGUGGCGGAACAGAAGAAAUACAAGGACGACUACUAUCUCAUCGAAUCGUGCCUCGAAGACCACCACUCCGUCCUGGCCGACAACUUCGGUGAUGACGAACAGCAGGUCCUGAACACCGCCAUCGUCAAGGACCGCCGUACCGAUGAGCAUGGCUGGGAUCUGGCCUUGGCGAUGCAGCGGAUCGUCACGGAGGGGGAUGGGUAUAGUGUCAUCACCCGGAAAGUCUAUGGACGGAAGAGGGGGGAUGAGAUCCAGUUGUUUGGGCCUGAAGGGGAGAUGUUGAGAGAGGUGGGGGAGAUGGCGUGGUUUAUGGAGAUGAAACGGGGGUUUUUUGUCUAUGGGGAGGCGGAAGAGUCCCCGACAGAACAGUGCAUCACCUCUCUCAAACAAGCCAUCACCGCCUGGUCAACCACGAUCGCCAUCCCAGCCUCUCACGUCCUCCUCGCAGGUGCCGGCCAAACCAAGGAGAAACAACUCCGCCUCGCCAUCAUCAUCCUGGACGAACCGGACUUCCUCUCCUUCCUCCACUCCACCAAACCCCACUACAUCAAAGACAAGAGAGCCUACCCCAUCUGCGGCACUUACUAUGCCGGGACCGUGACCCGCCAUAUCGGGACUAAGAAGUUUCGAUCCUGCUUCACGCCUACUUUUCAACUCGUGGAUCCGGUCUUCAUCAACGACUCCUCUUCUACGGCUGAUUCGGCUGCGUUGGCCGCUGCCAAGAAGAAGAAAGAAGAAUUGAGGAAGAAAGAGUCUAAGGCUAGGAAGAAGGCGAGGAAAGCCGCUGAGGCUGCGGAAGAGGAGGAGGAGGGGAAGGCUCGCGAGGAGGCGGCUAAGGGGGCCGCGAGGUUAGACGAAGGUGGGUAUAGUUCCUCGAACCAGGAGAUUCGGGAGGGAAAGACACCGGACCUUCAAUCCUCCUCUCCAUCUCCCUCCUUCACCGACGACUGUGGCUGGUGCUGA